ACAGGUAGAGCAGUGGAAGUCCAGCUUCCUUUCUUCCAUGUGUCUAAGUAGAAGUUUCUGUUAAACGUUGAAUCUUGCUGAUCAGUACAGGCCAUGUGAGACAAGAGUUUCGUCCGUUAACCAGACAUACAGAAAAGAAAACUUUUUUUUUGAGAAAAUAGAUUCUGAAACAAGCAUCUUAAAGCCAAACAAUCAGAUCUAAUCAAGAAAACUGAUUUUCCUUCUCCUUCUCAGAGAGGGUACAUGGCUGGAAUCUUUACCCAAUAACAAUGUGGCACAUGGAGAUGAUGUUGUUGUUGUUGUUUUUAUAGCUGUUGUGGUUUUGUUCCCAAGGAAUAUGAAGCCUCUCAAGAAACCAAAAAUGGAAUUGGAGAAGAUAGGAAGCCUCAUAGACUCCAUAAAAAGAUUAAAGGAAAAUUUGAAGAAAGACAAAAUUUCUUGGCAAGAUAGGAAGAAAAGACGUUUGCAAAUGGAAAUUAAUAUGGGAAAACUUAAAAAGAAAUUGGAUUCAGUAACAGAUCGAAUCCAUGCGGUAGAGCAAAAACUAUUACAUAGUGAAAAAACGUCCAAAAACUCUGACCAGAGUUUCACUGAUGAAGCCCAGCAGGAGACAAUAAAUGGAACUGGAAAAGAUCAGAAAGAAGCUGGAUCCCCCAAAAAGAAUAAAGGAAAACUUGAAAGCAGACAAAAGGCAGUAGAAACUGAAAGCAGAGUCAAAGAACGUGACUCUUGUUUGACUGAUGCAGCCCAUUACGAGACCAAAAAUAGACCUGGAGAAGAUCAGAAACAACCUAGAUCCCCCAAAGAGAAGAAAGUAAGAUUUGAAUACCAACCAAAGUUAGUAGAGCGAACAGUAGACAGUGAAAUCAAAGAAUUUGACCAGAAAUUGACUGAUAAAGCCCACCAGGAGACCAAAAAUAGCCCAGGAGAAGAUCAUAAAGACCUUGGACUCGCCAAACAGAAGAAAGUAAGAUUUGAAUACCUACAAAAGUCAGCAAUAGCAGACAAUGAAAUCAAUGUCAAAGAACAUGACCAGAAGAAAUUGACUGAUAAAGCCCACCAGGAAACCAAAAAUGGACCUGGAGAAGAUCAGAAAGACUUUAGAUUCCUCAAAGAAAAUAAAAGAAGAUAUGAAUAUAAACAAAAGUCAGCAGAGCAAACAAUAACAGACAAUGAAAGCAACAUCAAAGAACAUGAUCAUAAGUUGACCAAUGAAGCCCACCAAGAGACCAAAAAUGGUCCUGGAGAAGAUCAGAAAGACCUUGGACUUUCCAAACAUAAGAAAGUAAGAUUUGAAUACAGGCAAAAAGGAGGAGAGCACACAAUUGUAGAUAGUGAAAGCAGAGGCAAAGAACGUGAUCAGAAGUUGACCGAUGAAGCCCACCAAGAGACCAAAAAUGGACCUGGAGAAGAUCAGAAAGAUCUUGGACUUUUCAAACAUAAGAAAGUAAGAUUUGAAUACCAGCAAAAAGGAGUAGAGCACACAAUUGUAGAUAGUGAAAGCAACAUCAAAGAAUCUGACCAGAAAUUGCCUGAUAAAGCCCACCAAGAGAUAAAAAAUGGACCUAGAGAAGAUCAGAAAGACAGACUCCUCAAAGAAAAUAAAGGAAGACCUGAAUGGAAACAAAAGUCAGAGCAAACAAUAGCAGACAGUGAAAACCACAUCAAAGAAUAUGACCAGAAAUUGACAGAUGAAGCCCACCAGGAGACCAAAACUGUUCCUGGAGAAGAUCAGAAAGACCUUGGACUUCCCAAAGAGAAGAAAGGAAGAUUUGAAUACAGACAAAAAGCAGUAGAGCAAACAGUAGUAGAUAGUGAAAACAGAAGCAAAACAUAUGACCAGAAUUUGACCGACUUCAAUAACAAGCAACCUAGCAACAAGAUGAUAGGACAUUUUGUUCUACAAGGCAAACAGAUAUUUUAGGAUAAUUAGUUUGCUAAGCAUACAAUGAAAAAGGAAAAAAUUUGGACAUUAUCUAUAAAGGGUGAUCUUAAAAUUGCAUUAAGAUUUUUGGGAGACAUAGUAGUUCAAGAAAUAAAGGCUCCAAGAACACUUCCUGAAGUUAGCAAGAACAAGUAAUAGCUGCCAAAAAAAAAAAAAAAAUUCACAGACUCCAAUGGGGAAAAAUCCAAAAUUACAUCUCCAAUGAAUAUUAUUAAUAGAACUUCAAAAAUGUAGUGAUAAAAGAAAAAAUCUUUAAGCUACAAUAAAAAAAAUAAAAGAUCUAACCUACAAGUCA